CUUGAGGCCCGCGAUGUCGAGUCUGAGCUCGAGGACAUUGUAGCUCGCGCCCCUGAACCCAAGAAGGGAAAGGGAAAGGGCAAGGGAAAGGGCAAGGGAAAGGGCAAGGGUAAGGGUAAAGCCGCCGCCGGGGCUGCUGCUCCUGCCGCUGCUGCUCCUGCUGCUGCUGCCGCCGCCGCCGCCGCUUAG